GUGAAAAGAAAAAAAAGAGACCUUUUUGGUGUGGCUCCCAUUUGAUUGUUGUCUAAUUAUAUAUAUUUUUAUCAGAAAUUAUCUUUAGUGAAGAAUAGAAAAUUCUUAUAAGUAAAACAAUCCUGAAAAAUUUACCAGAAAAUAAUAAAAAGUAAUAUUAAAAGUGCUUGAAAAACAAAGAGAAAAAAACAAAUUAAAAUUUCUUAAAAAGUGGUCAGUGAAACGAUUGAUAUUUUUGAAAAAUGUCGCACCACAGCGAUGAUCAAUUAUUAGAAGCUGGCAGUGAUUCCUUUUGGGAGCCUGGAAAUUAUAAAAGAACUACAAAACGCAUAGAAGAUGGCUAUAAACUUUGUAACGACUUGCAACAAUUAAUACAAGAGAGAGCAGAUAUUGAAAAAUCCUAUGCAAAAAGCUUACGAGCAUGGUCGAAAAAAUGGGGUGAACUGAUAGAAAAAGGUCCAGAAUAUGGUACUACGGAGGCUGCCUGGAAGGGCGUUCUUACCGAAUCAGAACGCAUUUCAGAUGUACAUAUGAAAAUUAAAGAAAAUCUUUGCAGUGACGUAAGUUCACAAAUAAAAUCAUGGCAAAAGGACAACUAUCACCACACUCUAAUGCAAAUCAAAGAGCGCAAAGAUAUGGAAGAUCUAUUUAAGAAGGCUCAAAAAUCGUGGGCUAAACUACUGGCUAAAGUUGAAAAAGCCAAGGCUGAAUAUCAUGCUGCUUGCAAGACAGAAAAAAGUGCCACGAAUCAAGAACGUAAUGCCACCGCCGAUAGUUCAUUAUCACCCGAUCAGGUAAAGAAGAUGCAUGAUCGUGUACAGAAAACUAAGGAUCAAGUGCAAAAGUGUCGUGAAAAAUAUGAACAAGCCAUUGCUGAAAUAACCAAAUAUAAUUCUGUGUACAUAGAGGAUAUGACUUCGGUAUUCGAAAAGUGCCAAACAAUGGAAAAGACACGUUUGCAAUUCUUUAAAGAAGUUUUAUUUAACUUACAUGCUGUUCUUGAUCUUACAAAGGUACCAAGCUUACCGCAAAUUUACGAAGAGUUUUAUCAUACUAUAAACAAUGCCGAUCAUCAAAAGGACUUGAAGUGGUGGUCAAACAAUCAUGGUGUUAACAUGGCUAUGAAUUGGCCCGCAUUUGUGGAAUAUACAGAAGAAUUCCGCGAUAUAGCUAAGGGAAGCAAGUCUAAAGAGGCAUUACCAGCAGCCCCUAUAACAUUGAUUAACCAAAGGCCUGUUAAUGAAGAUUUGCAUGAAUAUUCGGGUUCAUCUAGUUUGAAGAAAUCAAAUAAUACGUCUUCUACAUUGAAAUCGACUGGAAAACAACAGCAGCCAGACUCUUCAGCUACCUCUCCCACAUCAAUAGCAGCAACCACAACAGCGUCGUCAGUGGGGCCUACAACGACAAGUAAAACUAAUACAAAUGCCCAUAAUCGUAAUUCAAGCGUAACUAAUGGCAAAUCAAAUUCUACUGAAGCAAAUCCCUUCGAAGAGGAAGAAGAAUGGGACGAGGGUGACAAUGUUUUAGUGGAUAAUGGUGAACCUGGUGUUCCCGUUAAGGCGUUAUACGAUUACGAAGGAGCUGAAAGUGAUGAAUUAACAUUUAAGCAAGGAGAUGUUUUUGAGAAAUUAGAAGAUGAAGACGAACAAGGUUGGUGUAAGGGACGUAUGAAUGGCCGGGUUGGCUUGUAUCCCGCCAAUUAUGUUGAGCUUAUACACGCGUAAAUAGCACUGACAUUUCCUGAAACCUUCUACCGUUGUAUAAUCCUAGCUCUAUCGCCCUUUCGUCUCAUCUUUUACAAGAAAUGAACAACAUUAUUCACAAGAAUAUAUAAAUAUCUGUUUUUAUAUAGAAAAGCAAUAGAUAUGUAUUUGUUUAGCAUUUAUUAAGUAUUAAUUGAAAACUUAAUAUAUUAUAAUCGUUAUUCUAUUUGUCAUUUACACAUUGUCCGACUGGCCAUUGGUUUUUUUUUUACCAAAAAAUCGAACGAAUCAAAAUAGAUUUUUGAAGCAAUGUAUCCUGUUAACAAGAUAAUCCAAAAAGUAUCAUUAUAUUAACCAUCUUUUAGUUUACAUUACUUUCCUUUUCAAAAUAUUAACACAAAAAAAACCAAAUGAAAUUUUUUAGGGAAUUAAAACAUGAAAAAUGAA